UGCCCCAAAUCAUCGCGCACUGAUGAAUGCAUAUGUAAAAGAUUUAAGAAAAUAUUUCAAGAGUCUACCAAAGGGAAGGAGAGUGUUCAGAAAAGAUCUCCUCUGGAUCUGAUUAUGAACCAGCUCCGAAGGAAAGCCUCUUUCACAGAGAGAAAGAAACCGGCUGUGGGCCGCCUCUUCCGCCCAUCAGAGCGCAGUGAAAAGAGAAACGUAGGCAUACCUGAAGUGAAAGAAUCAGAGGCCAGUGAGGGAAAGGAAAAUAAUGAGCCUGGGAAAGAGAUCAGUGACACAAAUGAUGAGACUGGCAUUGUUGUGGGCUGAGGUCGGGUGAAGCAGUUCGCUCAGAAGCUUGGGAAAACCCCUCACAGUCAGAAUCUGAGCCUGAGCCCCUGUGAUCUGACAGCUACAGAUGUGAUGGAACUAACCACGUUACUGCCAUUUCUGGCUCAGCUGGAGGUGAUGGACCUGUCCUGGAAUGAUCUGGUUGGAGGCUCCUUGAAGGCACUUACUGCCCAUCUGCAGCAUGUAGGGAAACUGAGAGUGCUGAAGCUGUGUAGCUGCAGAUUAACAGAUCAAGACCUUACUGCUCUUGGUGAAGCUCUUGACUGCAUUCCUCUAAUAGAGGUGCUAGAUUUGUCCUGGAAUGUUGGCGUUGGCGCAGGAAAUUUCAGACACUUAACAGAACACCUCCAACCUCAAAGCACACUGAAGGAACUCCGCCUGGUGGACUGUCAGCUCUCUGAGUCAGACAUUACAGCUCUGAGUGAGGCUCUUCCCAUGUUGUCUAGUUUGGAGGAGUUAGAUCUGUCCAAUAACAAACUGUCAAUCAAGGGAAUGGAGAACUUCACCUCCUCUUUAGGCUCAGCUCCACGAAUGAAGACCCUAAAACUGAACAUGUGUGGACUCAGUAAAGACAGCCUCAGUGUUCUGGGACAGGCACUCAGGUUCAUCCCUGCGCUAGAGCAAAACGAUCUGUCGUGUAAUAAGGAAGCAGAUGGAGAUCUCACCACACUGGCCACUAACCUAGUUCUCAUCCCACACUUGAGAAGUUUGGACAUGCAUCUGUGCUGUCUAACAAAGGAGGAUGUGUUGGCUUUAGUCCAGGAAGCUCCAUCUCUCAAAGACCUCAGAGAGCUGGAUUUGUCGUUUAAUAAAAGUGUUGGAGAUACACUCCAGAACCUUCUGCAAACCCUCCCUCUUUCUCAGAUAACCAAACUUCCACUAAACAACUGUGCUUUGAGCACACAUGCAUGCAAUGCUCUUGCUACUGCAAUGCAGAUGCUAAAACAGCUUGAAAGGCUGAACUUGUCAUGGAACAAGUGUGUGGGAGAAAAUCUGAGACAAUUUCUGGAGCCUUUGCAGCCUGAUUGCAAACUACAGGAACUCAGACUGAGUAGCUGUAAUUUAACCACUGAAGAUGUGCUACAUCUAGAAUCUGCUUGCCAGCGUGGAGCUCUGUCCCAUCUGAAGCAGCUGGAUUUGUCUUAUAAUGGCAGCGCCGGGGAUGGUGGUUGGACAUCACUUUUUGAGAAGGCUGCUGCUCUAAAGGGACUGGAGGAGCUGGAUGUCAGUCUGCGACCUUCUGCAUCCCUCUCCGUGUCUCCCUGGCUGCCUGCCUUGUUGGAGGCCCUUCCGCAGCUCUCGUCCCUCACCCGUCUGUCUCUGCAGCACUGGGCUCUGAGUUUAGCUGAGAGAGAGAAGCUGGAAAAAAUUCUUAGCAAGAAGAAUGUUAUCCUGGAAUGUGACAGGCUGGCCACGCCCACGCCAAAGGCUGCAGGUUCAUAA